CAGGCUGAGAUAUGGGUCAUGGUCUCGUACUACCGCAUGCAAUUCGCCGCCAUGUUGUUGGAGAACUCGCUCGUCCACAAGCCCCGUGGAUCGCCUCCGCAUGCCACCGCCACUGUCGCCAUCGUUCGUCUCCUUGACGCUGCUCAAGAUUUGGUCAAUGUCUUGCGUGUGCAACGACACGUCCUCAAGAAGAAGAUGCCGUUGGCAUUGUCGAGUUAUAGCUAUGGCAAACGUAUCUUUGAUCUCGGUGUCACCUUUGGUAUCCUCGCCGGGCUCCCGCAGACCAAGAAUCUGGAGAAGCAGACCGGAAAAGCAGCGGCAGAAGGAUUGGCGCAGACAAUCGAGCUACUCAAGGAUUUGGAGGCGUGGUUAAGGAUCAAGGACGGUGUCCCAGAACCCCAGGUCCCACCGACAAUGCAAGAGCUCAGCCCACCUCUCCGAAUACUCGAGGAGUUGGCGGACCGUGCUGGUGUCAAGUUU